AUGAAUGGAUGGAUGCAACAAGAGCAGUAUUUGCAUCCCGCUUACGCAUCUCAUGUGACCCCGUACCAGUUGACGUUGAAGGGAGAGGUGGAGGAGGAGCACACCGAGAGCAAAUCCGAGCUGGAGGCUCUUCUGCUGCCUCACCAGAACUCGGAGAAGGCCGUCUGCUACGACUUGUCGGUCUUGUUGACGUCUGGGUGGGGCUCUUCUGUCCUUGGAGCCGCCGACGGGCCCACCAGCGUGCUAGAGCCUGGGGCCCAUUUCGCCGGCCGAGGCUUCCCAGAGCGGCGGACUCGUUAA